GGGCGGGGCGAAGGAUGUGGAGAGAUUGAGCGCAGACGGAGCCCGCCUUUGCGGCAGCCUGCUCACAGGAGGCCCCGGCGUUGCAUCAUCUUCAGCCGGCGGCUGCUAUAGGAAAGCUAGUCGUGCCGCGCGAUCCGCUUAGUCUGAAGCUUCAGCCCGCUCUCCAGCGCCCAGACUGGGAGUCUCCCGAGGGCCUGCUCCAAGAAAACGUCCGGCACGGCUAGUGGACCUCGCCAGCACCGCCUGAGCCAUUCAUUGAGAGCCCAGCCUUAUAUUAGAUCCCAAGUCCCUCAUCUCCUGAAGCUCCGAGUUGCGGGCAGCGCCAUGGAGAAGAGCAGCGAGACAAACGGCUACCUAGACAGCGCCCAGGCUGGGCCUGCAGCCGGGCCCGGAGCGCCCGGGACCGCUGCAGGACGCGCGCGGCGCUGCACCGGCUUCCUGAGGCACCACGCGCUCGUGCUGCUCACCGUGUCCGGCGUGGUGGCAGGCGCGGGCCUGGGCGCGGCGCUGCGCUGGGUCGGGCUUAACAGCACCCAGGUCACCUACCUGGCCUUCCCCGGCGAGAUGCUGCUACGCAUGCUGCGCAUGAUUAUCCUGCCGCUGGUGGUCUGCAGUCUGGUGUCGGGCGCAGCCUCUCUGGACGCCAGCUCUCUCGGGCGCCUGGGCGGCAUCGCCAUCGCCUACUUCGGCCUCACCACGCUAAGCGCCUCGGCGCUCGCGGUCGUUUUGGCGUUCAUCAUCAAGCCUGGGUCUGGCGCUGAGAAUCUUCAGUCCGGAAACCUUGGGCUGAAGGACUCGGGCCCCUCUCCGGUCCCUAAAGAGACAGUGGAUUCUUUCCUCGACCUGGCCAGAAACUUGUUCCCCUCAAAUCUUGUGGUUGCAGCUUUUCGAACGUAUGCAACGAAUUAUAAAGAGGUGACCAACGGCAACAACACUGGAAACAAAACCAUUGAAAAGGUCCCCGUUGGCACCGAGAUUGAAGGGAUGAACAUUUUAGGACUGGUCCUUUUCGCCCUGGUGUUAGGAGUGGCCUUAAAGAAACUUGGCCCUGAAGGAGAAGAGCUUAUCCGUUUCUUCAAUGCCUUCAACGAGGCGACAAUGGUGCUGGUGUCGUGGAUCAUGUGGUAUGUGCCUGUGGGCAUCAUGUUCCUGGUUGGAAGCAAGAUUGUGGAAAUGAAGGACAUCGUCGUGCUAGUGACCAGCCUUGGGAAAUAUAUCUUAACAUCGAUAUUGGGCCAUUUUAUCCACGGAGCAGUCGUUCUACCACUUAUUUAUUUUGUUUUCACACGAAAAAACCCAUUCAUGUUCCUCCUGGGCCUCCUCACACCAUUUGCGACAGCAUUUGCCACCUGUUCCAGCUCAGCAACCCUUCCCUCCAUGAUGAAGUGCAUUGAAGAAAACAAUGGCGUGGACAAGAGGAUCAGCAGGUUCAUUCUCCCCAUCGGGGCCACCGUGAACAUGGACGGGGCAGCCAUCUUCCAGUGUGUGGCCGCCGUGUUCAUCGCCCAGCUUAACAACAUAGAGCUGAAAGCGGGACAGAUUUUCACGAUUCUAGUGACGGCCACAGCGUCCAGUGUUGGAGCGGCAGGUGUGCCAGCUGGAGGGGUCCUCACUAUUGCCAUCAUCCUGGAGGCCAUCGGGCUGCCCACUCAGGACCUCUCUCUAAUCCUGGCUGUGGACUGGAUUGUGGACCGUACCACCACCGUGGUGAACGUGGAAGGAGAUGCCCUGGGUGCAGGCAUUCUCCACCACCUGAACCAGAAGGCGGUGAAGAGAGGGGAGCAGGUACUGAGUGAGGUGAAAGUGGAAGCCAUCCCCAACUGCAAGUCAGAAGAGGAGACGUCACCUCUGGUGACGCACCAGAACCCCGCUGGCCCUACUGCCAGCAGCUCGGAACUGGAAUCCAAGGAGUCGGUUCUGUGAGGGGGCUGGGCUUCGGGCUUGCCUGCCAGGGGUGGUACCCACCCCUAUCCACCCAGCCACCGGACACAGGCACUGCCCACCACUCUCACCGACUUGAGUCUCCUGGGCAAUGCAUUGGCCCAGUCACUGGUUUGAGGAUCAUUUUUCAGUACAGGCAUUGGGCUUCCCAGCCAACACUGCUUCCUGAGGCCUGGGACACUCUGACAUUCGGUUUGAUCCCAAAACUGUGUGCACCAGGCUCUGUUUGAAACACGCCCUCAAGCUGCCAAGCUGGUGGAAAUAACGGGCUGAUAGGGACCCGAUGGGAAAAUGCAGAGGUACCCUUCAUUGCACCCAGUCACUCUGCUUGGCUGCUUUCCGGGCAAACCUAGGGGGCUUGCAGCCAUCUGUCACAUUGCCUUGUGAGCCAUAGAAAUUGGAAAAAUUCCCAAAUUCUUAGCCUUGGCUGAAAUUCGCUGAGCUGGGGCUCAAGGUGUCAGAGUUUGUGCUACAGCUAGAUGCAGCUGGGUUCUGGUUCAAGGGUUGCUGGUGGGCUGGAGGUGCUGCACACUGUCAGGUUAGAAAUAAUCAGGUCGGUGUUAGCCAUGCUAGGGCUGCUGGGUUCCGUGAUCAGUAGUGUUAAGUAAUGACGUAAAUUCUGAGGUCAAAGAAAGGAAGCAGAAUGCAGCCUGCAGGGGAGAGGGAAGCGACCUAACCAGGACAGGAUACACACAUGCAACUGUCCCCAUUCUCGUCCCAGCCUUGG